AUGGCAAGGCAAGCUCUACGAGUGUUCGAUAAUCAUCACAUUCUCAACUCCCUUGAUACAACUACUACUUCUCUUUCACAAACGCGUCAAGCUCACGCCCAAAUCCUCCGAUCAGGCCUUUUUAUCGAUACCCAUUUCACCACAAAGCUUCUUUCUCUCUACGCCAAUCACCUCCGCUUCUCAGAAGCCAACCUCCUCAUUAACUCCAUUGAAAACCCAGAUGUCUUCUCUUUCUCCACCCUCAUUCACGCUUACCCAAAGCUCGGUCGUUUUGGUGAUGCCAUUGUUUUAUUUUCUCGUAUGAUAUCUCAUGGGUUACUGCCUGAUACCCGUGUCGUUCCUUCUGUUAUUAAAGCUUGUAGUGGGCUAUCGGAUUUGCGAGCUGGGAAACAGGUUCAUGGGUUUUGUGUAGCUUCUGGGCUUUGUCAAGAUUCGUUUGUUCAGUCUUCUUUGAUUCAUAUGUACGUAAAAUGUAGUCAGCUGAGAUAUGCACACAAAAUGUUUGAUUUAAUGAUUCAACCAGAUGUUGUCUCGUGUAGCGCUUUGGUUUCGGGUUAUGCUCGACAAGGGUAUGUGAGUGAAGCCAAAAUGGUGUUUGGUAGAAUGGGAGAGUUGGGAAUUGAGCCUAAUUUGGUAUCUUGGAAUGGCAUGGUGGCAGGAUUUAACCAAAGUGGACAUCAUUUGGAGGCUGUGAUGAUGUUUCAGAAAAUGUACUUUUUUGGUUUUAAGCCUGAUGGAACAACUAUAUCGAGUGUUCUUCCUGCUGUUGGGGACUUGGAAGAUCUUUUGGUUGGUGUUCAGAUACAUGGGUGUGCAAUUAAACAGGGUCUUGGAUCAGAUAAGUGCAUUGUUAGUGCCCUGAUAGAUAUGUACGGGAAAUUUGCAUGCACUAUGGAGAUGUCACAGGUGUUUGAUGAAAUGCCUCAUACUGAUUUAGGUGCUUAUAAUGCUUUGGUUUCAGGGUUUGCUAGAAAUGGUUUAACUGAUGAGGCACUUGAAGCAUUUAAGCAGUUAAAAGAUCAAGGAUUGGAAUUGAAUGUUGUUUCUUGGACGUCAAUCAUAGCUUGCUGUUCACAACAUGGAAAAGAUGUUGAAGCUCUUGAGCUUUUCAGAGAGAUGCAAGAUUCUGGAGUGAAACCGAAUGCUGUAACGAUCCCUUGCUUACUUCCAGCAUGUGGAAACAUUGCAGCAUUGAUGCACGGGAAGGCAGCACACGGAUUCUCAAUUAGAAAAGGGAUUAUGGAUGAUGUUUAUGUGGGAAGUGCUUUAAUUGACAUGUAUGCCAAUUGUGGAAGGAUACGAUCCGCUCGGCUUUGUUUUGAUAGGAUGCCAGUUCGUAAUAUAGUUUGUUGGAACACAAUCAUGGGAGGCUAUGCAAUGCAUGGAAACGUAAAUGAAGUUAUUGAAAUAUUCCAGUUGAUGCAGAAAAGUGAGCAAAAACCAGACCUUAUAACUUUCACUUCUCUGUUGUCUGCAUGUAGCCAUAGCGGUUUAACAGAAGAAGGUCAACGGUAUUUCGAUAGCAUGACAAAAGAACAUGGAAUUAAACCGAGGGUGGAGCAUUAUGCGUGUUUGGUCACCCUUCUUGGGCGUGCGGGUAAGCUCAAAGAAGCUUAUUCUACCAUCAAGCAAAUGCCUUUUGAGCCCGAUGCUUGUGUUUGGGGGGCUUUACUUAGUUCUUGUAGAGUUCACCAUAAUCUGACCUUGGCUGAAGUGGCUGCCCACAAAUUAUUUGAAUUAGAACCAAAUAAUCCCGGGAAUUAUGUUCUAUUAUCUAACAUUUAUGCAUCUAAAGGAUUAUGGAAAGAGGUAGAUAGAGUGAGGGAUUUGAUGAAGUCCAUGGGAAUGAGGAAGAAUCCUGGAUGUAGUUGGAUUGAGAUCAAGAACAAGGUGCAUAUGCUUUUAGCUACGGAUAGAUCUCAUCCUCAAAUGGCCCAAAUAUUAGAAAAGAUGGAAACUUUAAGCAUGGCAAUGAAGAAAUUAGGGUAUUUGCCGGUUACUUCAUAUGUACUACAAGAUGUCGAAGAUCAGGAAAAGGAGCAUAUUCUUUGUGGGCAUAGCGAAAAAUUGGCCGUGGUACUUGGUCUUCUGAAUACUUCCCCAGGGUCAACGCUUCAAGUGAUCAAAAACCUCAGAAUUUGUGGGGAUUGUCAUACCGUUAUAAAAUUUAUAUCGAGCUUUGAACACAGAGAAAUAUAUGUUAGAGACACAAAUCGUUUUCAUCACUUCAAAGAUGGACUGUGUUCAUGUGGGGAUUAUUGGUGACUGAUAUAUGCAGGUUUCAUGAGAAAGUGAGUUCAAAAUGAGUGGAAACUUACGUUGUGAAAGAGAGAAGAUUUGUUGUAAUUGUAGCGUAAGUGAAGGUUGCAGUUGCGUUGAUGAUCAUGGCACUCCAAGAAACACACAUCCAAACAGUAACAGCCAUGCAGAUUCUGAAGCCGGAUGAUAUUGCUUACAUGCAGUAGGGAGUGGCCGAUAAAUACUUUCCAGGUGUUCAUCUAACUUCAUUUCUUUUGAGAAAUCAUUUUGAUCAUGCUUUAGAUGCUAGGAUAGUUGGAUUGAUGUGCUCUUUUAAUUUGAAAUGAAUGACUGAAA